GGUGCGGGAGCCGGCGCUCAGGCUAGACCCGCGGCUGCAGGCGGGGAGCAGGGCGCACGAUGCUCGCGACCGCCGGGAGCCUCCUGCGCCUCCGUCCCGGGCGCAUCCUCCGCUGCGCCCCGGGGACGCCUCGAGAAGCCGCCCGACGGUCGGUCGCGCUUCUCCGGCCCCAGGGUCUCCCCCGAUUCUCUAGCGGCGGGGCCCCCGGCGGCUCUGGGCCCCAGGGUCCGGCCGGGAAGGUUCACAGGGUCCCCGCCGAGCACAAGCCUUCCCAGUUCGACAAGAAAAUCCUGCUGUGGACCGGGCGCUUCAAAGCGAUGGAGGACAUCCCGCCUCUGAUCCCGCGAGAAAUGAUAGAUGCUGCAAGAAACAAAGCUCGAGUGAAAGCCUGUUACAUAAUGAUUGGACUCACAAUUAUCGCCUGCUUUGCAGUGAUAGCAUCAGCCAAAAGGGCUGUAGAAAGACAUGAAUCUUUAACCAGCUGGAACCUGGCAAAGAAAGCUAAGUGGCGUGAAGAAGCUGCGCUGGCUGCACAGGCUAAGGCUAAAUGAUACUCGAAGUGAUGAACUGUUAAUCAGAAUAUUGUCACUAUUAUCAGCAACA